CUCUUUUCUACCAAAAAAAAAAAAAACUAACCACACCCCUCAUGUCAGACCUGAGAUUUCUAGCCCUCACAAUUCACAAAUCCCAAAUCCUGGGCCACGACGGAGGGGAAGGAAUGGCGAGCAGCGGGAGAUGGAGAGUUGGUUGCGCCGGCCGCCGGAGCAGUGGUGACACCCGCAAGGCGAGAUGGAUUCUGGUUUAGUGGAAUCUCGGCUUCAAUUUCCCCCUCAAACCUCUAAUCGUCGUCCCGCCUACAAGUAUCCCCAACGUCCAGUACACCAUUUUAUGCACAAGAAGGAUCGGUUACCGACUGAGAAUCCGCAGCGGCGACCAUGUUUUCUAGGGACUUUCCUACGUCUCGGAUUCUCCAAUCUUCCUUCUUGACAUGUCCAAUCCGCUUUAGAUCGAGGUUGAUAUCGAGGCGACAUCGGCCUGGGUUCACUCUGGUGCUAUUCUAGGUGAACUCUACUAUGCAAUUUGGGAAAAGAGUAAAGUUCACGGCUUUCUCGCCAGAGUAUGCCCCACGGUGGCCAUCGGUGGUCACUUCAGCGGCAAUGGGUACGAAGUUAGGGUUGUCAGUGGACGCUCAAAUCGUCGAUGCCAACGGAAGCCUUCUCGAUUGGAAAUCCAUGGGGGAAGGCCUCUUCUGGGAAAAUCGCGGCGGCGACGAAUCAGGUUUCGGCAUCGUUGUUUCUUAUAAGAUCUGCUUAUUGAGGUUCCAGAAACCGACCCUCCAUCUACCGCUGCUCCGGCGCAACCAACCCUCCAUCUGCUCGCCAUCCUUCCCCUUCGCCGCGGCCACGAUUUGAGUUUUGUGAGGGCUAGAAAUCUCGGGUCUUAGAAUGAGGGAUGAGCUUAGUUCGUGAGGCGGGGAGAAUUAGAACGAAUAAUAAUUUUUUUAAUGGAAAUAAUGAAGUGGAAUUUUUUUUUUAAUUUUUUAAUUGCCACAUCAUAUAUUUAACGGUCAACUAUAAGAGUUGACUGCCACAUCACGCAAAGUUAACGGAGUUGGACGGAGAGUGACCAAACUCGAACUGUUUUACUAAAUCUAGUGACUACGAAUGGAAUUAAAUAUUUUCAGUGACUAAACAUGAACGUUUUUAGUAAUUUUAGUGACCAACCUUGCAAUUUACCCUAAUUUUUCGGGUAAAAUACAUUGGUCAUUAAUUUUAAAAAUUGGUGUAUACAUAUAUCAUACAAAUUUGUAUAAGAUGUCGGGUAGUCUAUUAAAGUCGUCAAAAUGUACCGCCAAUUAAUUUUCAUCGCACCAAAAAAAUUAAUUACUUUUUGGUACUAAUAACAAACUGAUAUGUAGAUAAUUGUAGCUAUCUUCUCCGACCAAAAUUAAAGCUAAGAAUUUUCCAUUCAUUAACAGCGGAGGUUAAGAAGGACCAUGCAUUAGCAGGUGAGAAAGAAAAGAAGUGUCUUCAAUUGAAGCCAAAACUUGAAGUAUCAUUGUACUUACUUGAGUUACACGCUUUGACAACGUUGAUUUUAGUUUAUGUGGGUCAUAUAAAACAAUUUCAUAAAUUCCUAACGCGUGGUUGAACUGUGGACGGUCAUUUUAGUUUAGGAUGUAAGGAGUUAAAAUUAUACGUUGAAAUUUCUCAAUGAUUCAAAUUAUUGGGAUCAAUUGAUUUAUGACAUGAUAUGAGAGCUAGUCAAUGGUUAAGCUCACAUGUUCAAAUCCUCACAAUCACAAUACUAAUCGUCGUCUUAAAGCAUAUGGUAUAUAGUAAUUGUAAAAUCAAAUAUGAUCCCUAUGACCCAAUCUGUCCCGACUUGUUUGGGACGGGUAUUACCGGACUCGCAGUAACGUGGGGCAGGCAUGGGUAUUGCUUCCGGUUUGUCUUGUUCCCUCCCGCAUCGUUAUAUCAUAUGAUUACAUUAAUAUCUACAUGUAUUUCUCGGGUAAUUAUCAUAAAUGAUCACAAACCUAUUUACUUUGUACAAAACGGUCACAAUCCUUUAAUUUUGCACGUUUCGAUAACACAAGUAUUAGCAAUAACAAAAUGGUCAUUCUGUC